AUGAUGCUGGAUCAAUGGGAUUGGAAAACCUCCGCGCCCGAGUUCGUGCCCGGGUCCCUGCAGUCAGGCAGCUCCCCCAGUAACGGCCCUCCUGCUGUGGCUGCUUCUCCCGCCCCCCGGGCAGUCACGGCUCCGGGUCCCGCAGCACCCCGGCCCUUAGGCACCGCCGUCUUUGGGCCGGUGGUGGGGGCAUGUUUUGCUCCGAUGACUGAGUCCAAUGGCAUGUGCAUGCCUCCAAUGUCCCAUGGGAUGUGUGCUGCUCCCGGGGGCCCCACAGGUGGCUUUUGGCACCAAGGUUUUCAGAGCUAUGACAUGCCGCCUUCCAGGCCUCAGUCAAUGCAUGAGCCGAUUUUUGGCAAGGAGAAGUGGGAGGAAGAGGAAGAUUAUGCUGAACGCAUUCGAGCAGCGCAGGUUCAGGCUCGUUAUGAGAUGCAGCUCCGGUCCAAGGAGGAAGAGUUGCGGUCCCUGCAAGAUAGGUUGAACCGCAGGGAAGAUGAGACUGCGCGAAUGCAGGCUGACUUUGAGCGAGACAGACAAGGGUUGCUCUACAACUUAAAUCAACUUUCACAUGCAGUUGCAGAGAAGAAGGUCCAGGAUCGCUAUGACAAUCGCGAUCGCGGGGACAAAGGCGGCUACCGUCAGAAGGGCAACAGAGAAGCCUCUGAGCGAAACUACUCGGGGCAAGGCUUUCCUGGAGGAAAAGAGCACCGCUUCGGUGUCAAGGAACGAAAGAGUUCCAUGGUCAGCAAGCCGCGGCGAGAUGAUGUUGCCCCGCCCCCAGAGGCGCGGCCGCGGCGCGCGCCACCGGCUGCAGUGAUGUCUGCAGUUGGCACUUGGAGCGGGGCGCGGCUGGAGAAGUUCGUGCGACAGACGCCAGGAGCCAUGGAGUUGAGGCCUCACCAUGCCGCAGAUGGAUCCACAUCUUGGACCUUGAAGCUGUGCAUGGACGAACUGACGCCGCCGCUGAACGACGAAGGAAUGCAGGUCUUUUGUCGUUGGCUGCAUCACACCUUCCAAUUGAUGCGUGAACAGCAUCAGAUUCGGUCCAUGCAGAUGGUUUGGGCUGAGGUGUCCUUAGCCUGGAAUCAGAUGGGGGACGAUGCGGUUGGUCGACUUCUGCAGGCGUUGCAGCGCUCGCAGCUGCGCGUGCGGACUUUGAAGUUCCGGGGCAACGGCAUCGGCAGCGCAGGCCUCUCUCAAAUUUGUGACUUCAUCCACGAAGCUCAAUUCAACUUGCGGGAGUUGGACCUCUCCCAGAACUUCCUGGAAGAGUCUUCGGGAGCCUUGGAGCUGCUGACUCUCUUCGUCGAGCAUCCGAAGUACUCCAAGGAUCGACCAAAUAAGGUGGAGCCGGUGAAAGUGGACUUGAGCCACAACGGCCUUCACACGUCCAAAGUGUUGAAGAAGUUGGGGUCCAUCGCAGGUCUCUCACUGCAAUCCCUGCGAAGGUCCCCCAGUGCAUCCAGUCGCGAGUGGCAGGUCCUGAAGAAUGGCGUCCCACUUCUGAGGUUGCCAGAUUUCGAGGCGCAGGACGACCUCGACGAUCGCAAGGAGCGCUGGUCGCAACGAGCACCGGCGAAUGUGCCCUCUGCGGCUGGCGCCACGGCAGGCCGUGAGGCGAGCCCCCCGGAGGAAACACCCGAGCCCAGCUGGGUGGACAAGGAAGACCGGGAGCGGCGAGGAGACAUGAAGCAAAGAAAGGCCGACCCAAGCCGCCGUGGCACGGGGCCCUUGGUCAAGAAGGUCUUGCGGCAGCAGAACGGCAUUCGGGACUUGUGGCCAGCAGAUAAGACGCGAAUUGAGGAACAUCCCAAUGAAGAUGAUGCAGAUGAGGACCACCCCAAAGAGAAAGUGAUCGAAGAUGAUCUCCCAGUGCCUUUAGGGCUCAAGGAGCAGGAUGAUCUCCCUGCACCUCCAAAGGUGCGCCUAGUGGCGCCGCCCAAGAUCUUGCAGCGGGGCGCUGUCUUGGCGCAGACCUCUGAGGAGUCAUCAGAGUAG